CAUGCCGGACAAUAUACAGCAGCGUGUGUGAAGGUCUUCACACCCUCGUCUAUGCCGGACAAUAUACAGCAGCGUGUGUAAAGGUAGGUCUUCACACCCUCGUCCAUGCCGGACGGAUAUCACGUAGCAACCACAUGCGCGGCAGGUCUAUGUGGCAAUCCCGUCCCACAAGUUUACGUGCGCUCUAUCGAUUCACGUAGCAAAUAUACGUUCACUCGCAGCACGGGCGGCAUCGCGCAAGUGUUCGUACCUUGUUUGACAGACCGCGCAUGCGCCAACGCUGCGGCAAAGACGUUGACUGGAUAAAAUUAAUGCGCACGCGUGGGAAGUGUACACAUGCGCGAAGCCGCAACGCGCGCGAUUUGCUCCGUACGUGCCCGGUCAUUUACGCACGCGUAUAUAUUGAAAAUCAAUCACUUUUAUCGAACACUCCGCGUGCACCGAGCCAGCCAACUACGAACUUCUUCAGCUUUAUAUCGUCGGCACGAUUCGACGCGUUGUCGCACAGCUAGUUGGCGCACAGCUUUGGCGAAAAUUCCACGGAAAGCAAUCGAGCUAUAGGGCCGAGCGAGCACCACGCGCCAACCCCACGUACCGAUCUCGUCUGACUGUGACUUCGGGGGCGACAGAAUUCACGGUCGCGCACCGAUAUUGGCGACAAUAACCAGCGUCCACGCCAGCGUCACCGUCCGCGUCUCCGUCGUCAUGCCGCUAGACAGGAUGAUUCUGGCGUGUCUCUUGUCGUCGGUCGGCGGUGUCUACGUGCCAGGCCGACCGCAGUACGUCGCCGAGUCACCGGGAGAUCUUGUGCUAGCCGGCUUAUUCCCGAUCCACAAGAGCGCCUCGCCGGGCUACUGCCGACCCGUGCUGAGAAGCGGCGGCUUUUACGUACCGUACGCUUACAGCAUGAUGCACGCCAUCCACCGCGUCAACGAUGACCCCGCCAUCCUGCCCAACAUCACGCUCGGUUACAGAAUCGCCGACUCCUGCGGUAAGGACACCGCCGCGCUGGCGCACGCACUCGACUUCGUUCGGCUGAGUCCGACUGGCGACGAUUCGGCGCCGCCACCUCCCGUCGUCGGCGUCGUCGGUGGCAGCUACUCCUCCGUCACGAAGCUGUCGGGAUACCUGAUGACGAUGUUUCACGUGCCGCAGAUCAGCUACACGGCGACGAGCGACGCGCUGAGCGACAAGUCGGUGUACACGUACCAGCUGCGCACAAUCGUGCCCAACCGGGUCUUCUUGCAGGCAAUCAUGGACGUGAUCGCUUACUUCAGAUGGAGCUACGUCUCUCUGCUCUACAUCGACGACGAGUAUGGCACCGACGGACAGCGCUACAUCAGCAAACAGGCCGACCGGCUUGGCGUCUGUUUCGCCGUCAAAGAGCGAGUCAAUUACUCGAUGACGGCCUCGCAUUUCGACCGCAUGGCCGGCAUGUUGCUCCAGCGACCACAGGCGAAGGUUGUCAUCGUCCUCAGCUACCGAAGCUCGAGGAACGGACCGGAUCUGAUGGAGGCGCUGCGGCGACGCAACGCGAUACACGACUUCAUUUUCGUCGCGCCGACGCUGGGCCGAGUCG